AUGAUGAAUAAUCGAUUGUUUCAUUCAUUUAUAAAUACUCCAUUAAUCAAUACUUAUAUUGUGUAUGAUCUUAUUGGCUACUUAAUAUUUAUAGCAUUGAUCAGUUUAAUUCUACUUUUAAUUAUAUUAUAUUGUUAUAUAUAUUAUUAUUUUUGUCAUUAUCAUCAUCAUCGAUAUUUAUCAUAUGAAUUAAAUGAAGAAUUUCCCGAACAAGAAAGUAUUAAAAACAAUUCAUUUAUAAAAUGUCAUUCAGAUGAUAAAAAUCAUUUAUCACAAUUAUAUAAUUCUUAUCCUCAUUUAAUCAGUCAUAGUCCUAUAAUAACAACAACAACAGAAAUAAAUAAUCAAAAUUGUACAACAAUUAAUACAUUGUCUAGUUCGACAACUUCACAUAGUUCAUUGAUUCGAUCAGAUUCCAUUGUCGAAAAUAAUCAGAAUAAAUUCUAUAAAACUAUUCGUAAGAUCAAUCGAAUGCAAGAUUAUAUUAAAACACCAACUGAUCGUAUACUCAUGUCUGGUCGACUUUCAUCAUGUAAUCUUUCUAUCUUAUCCAAACAAAUUUUAUCAUCUGAAAAUGAUAAUAAUCAAAAAAAUUCUCAGGCAAUAAUUCCAAAUACAACGAUAUGUUCUUCACUUGAACAAUUAACACCUAUUUAUGAAACUGAAUGGACACAUAAUUUAACACAAGUAACUAUGAAUAAAAUACCAUCAAUGGAAUUUCCAUUAUUAUCAUCACCUGGUCUUAUAUCAACUACAGAUUAUUUUCAACAAGAACAUCCAUAUAAUAAAUUUUUAGUAAGUCGACAAAAAUCAUCAGAUUCAAUACGACGAACGAAAAUACUUAAACGACUUAAAGAUGAUGCAUCUUUUCUUUAUUAA